AUGGCGUGCUAUUCUUCCUCUACUCCCUCCAUCGUUAGUCGUUUUUUUUGUGUCCUGUUCAUAAUCUUGUACUACGGAAAUGGCGUUAUUUCCGAUGCAAUUUUUACGAAUUUGUGGGCUGUAAAAGUUCGUGGCAGUCAACAAGAAGCUGAGGAGUUGGCCCAUAGACAUGGUUUUUCCUACGACAAACAUGUGAGUUUUACUUUAGUAACGGCUUCAUCAUUGAGUCCGUGUAGUAUGCUCCCUUUUGUUCAGGCUACUGUCUUGUGUAUAACCCUUAGUAUUCCGCAACCGACCACACGUUUACUGACCAUAGAGAUAUUUUUUUUAACGGAAGGUUAGAAGAUUGUCAUUCCGCAAUUGACGACACGUUAACCCUUAGAGAUAUUCUUUUUUGACGGAAGGUUAAGAGGAUUGUUAGUCAGGCUAAUAAGGCUAAAUGCUUGAAGUUUGUGUUUCCCUCUGCUGGGGACUAAGAUCUUAAAUAUCAUGUAACUAAUGUGAGAAAAAUACUACUCAAUUUUGUUUAAAAAAAGGCGUGUGUAUUCCAGAAAUAUGGCAUAACCGUUGGAUUUUGUACCCUGAAGGAUCAAGAUAUUCCUUUUUAAUGUUGCCCUCGAGAGCAUCUGGUUCGACUCGGUUAAAACAAUGUGA